UAAAAAGUUAUUUAAUUGAUUAAUUUUUUAUUGAAUAUUUUUAUUUAAAUAAAUAACAUUGUCGUGGUGGCGUGUAGAUUGUUAAUUUGUACAAAAUUUGUGGUUGGAUGGUUUAAUUUUAAUGUUGGUGAAUUUGAUUUUUAUUACCUUUAAUUUGAAGAUUUAUCGCAAGAUUAGAUUCCUUUGUGUAACCUGAUGAAAUUACGGAACGAUGAGCCUGUGUAACUACUUGAGAUUAUGUAACCAUAGCCAUAACCAGGGCUUAAAAAUCUCACCAAAGUCUUCCAAACACACGAAAACCGUAGAACCGGCUGGAUUCACAUUCUUCCUACUCAAAGAAUGGAAACUCAACAUCAACCCUAAACAAAUAUUUGAGGUUGAUGGGAGUAGUAAGAGGGAGGACUUUGAGUUUCUGGAGUUGGAUUUAGCGCCUGUAAAACAGUUCUCAGAGUAUUCCCAGAAGAACGAGUCGUUUUCAUACUUUUACAAGUUAAUUUGGUCCAGAAUAUUAUUGUCGGAGUUUCCCUCGUCAGAAUCGGAGUCCGGUGACGAGGAAACCACGAAGAAACGUGAUAAAAAGUUUAAGAGCAUAAAGACUUUGGGGUUUGUGAGGAACUUUAUCGCAAAGGAGAAAAACGCCUAUGAAUUAUUAAACUGCACAGACUCCGACGGGAUUAAUAAAAUUAAAGCCAAUUACCGGAGAUUAGUCCUGUUACUACACCCUGACAAGGGCCAGAACCAGAAAGUACCCGAAGAUCUCAAAGAUUACGAAAAAAAGUAUAAAGUUUCCACAAUCUCCAGACAGGAGAAAUCUGAACUCUUUCUACUACUCCAAGACGCAUUCACCAUCCUCAACGAUGUUGAUAUGAGAUUGGAGUAUGAUUCGAAUUUACCGUUUGAUGAGUCGAUCCCAACACAUGAAGAAGCUAAACGAAAAGAUUUCUUCCUCCUCUUCGGACCAAUCUUCCAAAUGAACUCCAGAUGGUCCAGAGUGAAGCCUGUUCCGUUAUUGGGUGACAAUGAGAGUGACGAUGAGUAUGUGGAUGACUUUUAUGAGUUUUGGCGUUGUUUUGAGACUCUGCGUACGUUUAGUCACGCUGCGCCACACUUACUUGAAGACGCCGAGAGCAGAGAAGAGAAACGCUGGAUGGAACGAGAAAACCUCAAAGUACAAAAGAAACUCAUCAAAAAAGAACAACUAAGAAUACAAAAACUCAUUGAUCUUUCCUUACAAUAUGACCCGCGAAUAAAGAGAAGACAGGAUAGAAUAAGACAUGAGAAAUUAGUAAAGCAGAAGCAGGCGCAGGAGGCCAAGUUACUUGAACUGAGGAGAAUUGAACUUGAAAAGGAAAAACAACGACUGGAACUUGAAAAACUCACGGAAAAAAUCAAAUUCCAAAAACAAAUCACCAAAAAAUUGCGUCAGCAUAUGCGGAUGGUAUAUCAGCGAUGUGCGGGUUUGGGUGAGAUUUCCGGUACUUUGGAGAAGCUUGUGACGCUAGACUACGAUGAAAUGAAGUCAUUUUCCACGAAACUCUAUGACAUUCUGAAGAUAGAAUUCAACUUUGACAGAUGUCCAGACAAUGAAUACUUGGAGGAUCUUAAGCUAUUAGAUCCCAAACUCAGGGAAAUGGCACUCAGCGACCCUGAGGAAUCAGAACUUUCAGCACUUUUCGGACAAAUUUCCCUCAAAGUUAAUCCAACUCCUGAUCACAGUGUUACUCAAUCCAACACUACCGUGGGUACUACCGUGGGUACUACUGUGGGUACUACUGUGGGCACUACUGUGUCUAAUAGAGCUGAAUCAGUUGGUACGACACCUAGCGCCGUUACGGAAUGGACAAAAGAGGACUUAAAAAGAUUAUCCAAGGGAGUGGAGAUAAAUCCAGCUGGAACACCUGGGAGAUGGAACUUAAUCUCAAAGUACGUCAAGACCAAAACCGCAGCACAAUGCAUUGAAAUGUCCAAACUCAUCUCUAACAAUAUCACCGACAAUACCACGGGCACCACCAGUGUCCACAGCACUAAUGGUACGGAUACAGUAUCAAUGAGUAGCUGGAGCGAGUUACAACAAACUGCGUUUGAGAGUGCACUGAAGAAGUACCCAUCGCAUUUAGAUCCCGUGGUUCGAUGGCGAAAAAUCGCAUCAGAAGUGCCCGGAAAAACUCCCAAAGAAUGUAUAGCACGCUUCAAAGAGAUAAAGGCUGCGAUAACCUCGAUGAGGUCAUAAGCGCUUUAACUCCUUUAAUAUUCUAAAGUAUAUUAA